AUGCAUAUUAAUGAAAAUCAUCCAGCCAACGGUUGGCAGAUAUCUAGGCUUCUUUUCUUUUUAAUUGUUUUUAUUACUGGGUUCAUUUACUAUUGGUUUCCUGGAUAUAUCUUUUCAGCAUUAUCAUAUUUUUCAUGGAUAACUUGGAUUAGACCAAAUAAUGUUACAAUAAAUCAAAUUUUUGGAUCAUCCUCUGGUUUAGGUAUGCUUCCAAAUUCAUUUUCAUUAGAUUGGAAUCAAAUUGCAGGUUAUGUUGGUUCUCCAUUAAUCCCACCAGCAGGAACUAUUGCAACUAUUUUACUUUCGAUGGUUCUUAUUUUCUGGAUUGUUGUUCCAGCUAUCUCAUUUACAAAUACUUGGUAUGGUGACUAUGUUCCAAUUUCUUCAUCAGGAUCAUUUGAUAGAUAUCAACAAACUUACAAUGUCAGUAAAAUUGUUAAUAAAGAAACUUUGACUUUUAAUGAACAAGCUUAUAAGGAAUAUUCUCCAUUAUUUCUUUCAACUACUUUUGCUAUUUCCUAUGGUUUAUCAUUUGCAUCUAUUUUAGCUACAAUUGUUCAUACUAUAUUAUUCCAUGGUCCAGAAAUGAUUGAUCAAAUAAAAGUUAAAGAAAAACCAGAUGUUCAUAACAGAUUAAUGGCAAGAUAUAAAAGGGUUCCAGAAUGGUGGUUUUUAAUUUCAUUCUUGAUUUUCUUUGCUUUAUCCAUUGUCACAAUUAAAUGUUGGAAUACUGAAAUGCCAGUUUGGUGUUUAAUUAUUGCAUUACUUAUUGCAUUAGUCUUUUUGUUACCAGUCGCUAUCAUUUAUGCUAAAACUAAUAUUGCUGUUGGUUUAAAUGUCGUUACGGAAUUCAUUAUUGGUUACAUGUUACCAGGUAAGCCAGUUGCUAUGAUGUUUUUCAAAACUUUUGGUUAUAUAACAAAUAAUCAAGCUGUUACUUUUGCACAAGAUAUGAAAUUAGGUCAUUAUAUGAAAAUCUCACCAUACAAUUUGUUCUUUUCCCAAUUUGUGGCUGCUAUUUGGUCAUGUUUUGUUCAAAUUGCUGUAAUGAGAUGGUCAUAUGGUGCUAUUGAUGGUUUAUGUACCCCUCAUCAAGAAGCUGGAUUCAAUUGUCCAGGUGCUAAAGUUUUCUUUAAUGCUUCAAUCAUUUGGGGUGCUAUUGGUCCACAACGUCAAUUUUCGCAUGGUCAAAUUUAUUACGGAACCUUAUUUUUCUUCAUUGUCGGUGCUGUUUUACCUGUUAUUAAUUGGUUAAUUUUGAAAAAAUGGCCAAAUAGUUUGAUUAAAUAUUUACAUUGGCCAGUUUUCUUUUCUGGUACUGGUUUGAUUCCACCAGCAACUCCAUAUAAUUAUACUUCAUAUUGUUGUGUUGGUUUACUUUUUGGUUGGUGGAUUAAAAGAAAAUACUUCCAUUGGUGGGCUAAAUAUAAUUAUUCAUUAUCUGCUGGAUUAGAUAUUGGUCUUGCUUGGUCAUUAUUAAUCAUUUCAUUAGCUAUGGGUUUAACUCAAACUGAUUUCCCAAGUUGGUGGGGUAAUAACGUUGUCAAUAACACAUUAGAUACUAAUGUUACUACUAACAUACGAAAAAUACUUAAUGAAGGUGAAGCUUUCGGUCCAGCAAGUUGGUAA